AGCCAUCAAAACAGUAAACUUUUUAACAGUUAGUAGAGAAUCCAAAGAUCUUCCUCGAACUUUCCGCGAAACCACUCAACCAUUUCUCUUCUUUCAAUUUUCCCGCUUUGUCUUUUCACUUUCAUCUUCACUUUCUUACUUUAUUUUCUCCUCCUUUUAAUCUUCUUUUUUGCCGUUAGAAUCUGAUUCGCUUGGAGCAAAAAUUAUAAUAACUGAAAAACAGUUGAAAAAUCAGAUCCCAAUUAAGAGAAAAAAUGCAGAAGAGUGGAGAAAAACGUACACUUGAUGUUAGCACUAAUGAGGAAAGUCAACCUGAUAGGAAAAGACCAGCUCUUGCCAGUGUUAUCGUUGAAGCGCUAAAGGUGGACAGUCUGCAGAAACUUUGCUCAUCACUGGAGCCAAUUCUUCGGAGAGUUGUUAGUGAAGAAGUGGAGCGUGCAUUGGCAAAACUUGGCCCGGCUAAACUUAAUGCAAGGGUUUCUCCAAACAGAAUUGAAGGGCCAGAUGGGAGAAAUUUGCAGCUUCAGUUCAGGUCUAAAUUGUCACUGCCUCUCUUUACAGGAGGGAAAGUAGAAGGAGAGCGGGGUUCUGCAAUCCAUAUUGUCUUGCUUGAUGGAAAUACAUGCCAUGUUGUAACAUCGGGUCCAGAGUCUGCUGUUAAACUAGAUGUUGUUGUACUUGGAGGAGAUUUUAAUAACGAGGAUGAUGAUGGCUGGACUCGAGAAGAAUUUGAGUCUCAUAUUGUGAAGGAGCGUGAAGGUAAAAGGCCGCUUCUUACAGGAGACUUGCAAGUGAUAUUGAAGGACGGUGUAGGUAGCCUUGGCGAGCUGACAUUUACCGACAACUCUAGUUGGAUAAGAAGCAGAAAGUUCAGACUAGGCUUAAAAGUCGUAUCAGGUUCUCGCGAGGGAAUGCACAUUCGUGAGGCAAAAACAGAAGCCUUUAGUGUGAAGGAUCAUCGAGGAGAAUUGUACAAGAAACAUUAUCCACCUGCAUUAAAUGAUGACGUUUGGAGAUUGGAAAAGAUAGGGAAAGAUGGAUCCUUCCACAAGAGGCUAAAUAAAGCUGGCAUACAUACGGUGGAAGACUUCCUACGAUUCAUUGUGAGAGACUCUCAGAGGCUCCGAAAUAUCUUGGGAAGUGGAAUGUCAAAUAAGAUGUGGGAUGCUCUAGUGGAGCACGCGAAGACCUGUGUUCUUAGCGGGAAGCUCCAUGUCUACUAUCCUGAUGAUAUGAGGAGUGUUGGAGUUGUUUUUAUCAAUAUCUAUGAGUUGUGUGGUUUAAUCUCUGGCGGACAGUUUCAUUCAGUUGAUUCUCUUUCGGAGAAUCAAAAGGAAUAUGUGGACACCUUAGUCAAGAAGGCAUAUGACAACUGGAUGAAUGUUGUUGAAUAUGAUGGCGAAUCUCUUUUAAGCCUUAAUCAGAAUCAAACCUCAGAUGAUCCUCAGAACCAUUCAAAUUCAUUUGAUCUUACAACUGGCUCUCAGAACCAUUCAAGUUCUUUUGAUCAUCAACUCAACCUACCAAAUUUUCCUGCUUCAAUUUCAUCGGAGCAGCCUGCAGUGGAUCCAGGACGGAACAUUGGAGGGUAUAAUGAUAGCCGUACCGGUUCAUAUACCAUACAGUCUCAGAACGCGAAUCUAAGUGUCAAUGAACAGUUAAAUGGUGCUCCGUUUCCCCCUCAGAACCACCACUUUGUGGGCACGUCACAACAAACUCAGCCAUCUGGAAGUGGGAGUAUACAGACCCUUCGCCCACCGGAGUCGUCAUUUUCUAGCUUUGUUGCUGCUAGCACCCCUAAUCCAUCCUACAAGGGAGCUGAUGACUUCUUUACGGAGCAAGAAAUACGCAUGAGAAGUCAUGAGAUGCUAGAGAACGAAGACAUGCAACAUCUUCUCCGUAUCAACCUGGGUGGCCAGAAUCAUGCUUCUUCUAGUAGCACACAAGAUAAUUACCAGUAUGGAUCAUCAUACAUGCCCAGCAUAUCUUCAACCUAUGGUUUUCAAGAGGACCACACACGUUCAGGCAAGGCUGUUGUCGGGUGGCUCAAACUUAAAGCAGCAUUGAGAUGGGGCAUCUUUAUCAGGAAGGAAGCCCCUGACAAAAGAGCACAAAUUGUUGAACUGGAUGACACCUAAAUUUGAUUUUACACUAAACAUAACAUCCACUUGGAGGCCGAAUACACUCUGAAUUUGAUAAAUGUGUUGCUUGUGAAGGUCUUGGGCAAUGUGAUGUUUGGGCUUUUACUCUUGAGGAGUACUAUUGCUCGGUCGUGGAGUUUGGUCCAGCCAUGAAUAUGCAUCUGGUGCUAGUUUGGGCGAAAGUGCACUAAGAUUUUUCUCUCCAUCAUGUGAACAAUCAUUAGUUAAUAAUGAUUUUCACAGCAUAUGGUCUGCACUGUGAAGACUACACCAGUGUUCUUGGUUCUGGCUGAAAGGUAGACCCAAAUUGAAAAGGACAUAAGCUACUCCUGGGAGACAUGCAAGUGACUUCAUUUCUCUUUACUCAAGAUUUUGAGCUAAUAUAAUUUCUUACUAAUAUUAACUAGUGUUGUAAUUCCUAGUGUUUUAUUCAGCCGAAGAUCUCAUUACAAGAAAAUAUAAUGGUGCAUUUUUUUUUUGUGGAGAAGGGUAGAGGGGCGGGCCCGUUAUCCACCGAGUUUCGAAGGCUGCGGUUGGUCCAAAGGAUCGACCCCAGACGGAUUUCUCGGUCAUCAAAAAAAAAAAAAAAA